CGCCCGGGAGCCGAGUCUUGGCCGCUGCUGCCCAACGAGCUCCUGGAGCCUUUCAGUCUGCGCCGCACUCGAGACGGCGCCAGCCUCGUCUUGAAGGGCAGACUGGACCGUGAGGUCGUCUCCGCUUACGACCUGAAUUUGGUUGCCCUGGACGGCGGACGGCCUGUUGCCAGGUCGAGUCAUCUGAGCCUGCGCAUCCUCAUAUCAGACGCCAACGACAAUGCACCAGUUUGGCUGGCCCCGGUACCGAGUCAUCUGUCGGCCGGAGACGACGAUGACCGGCCGGCGAGUCGACGCGGCGCAGACACGACCGAGGCCGUGUUGCCGCGAUACGAGGUGACGCUGGCCGAAGAUAUUAAAGUGGGCAGUCUAGUUGCCUGGCCUCAAGCCAGCGACGCCGACGCUGGCGACAACGCAAGACUGGCCUACGCCAUCGACACAUCCGCUCCGGGCGGUCAGGCCGCCUUGGACCAGUUCAGUGUGCAGUCGAGUACGGGCGAGGUUCGACUCCGUCUGCCGCUCAACUACGAGGCUUUGGCCGCUGCGGCCAGCCAGUCGACCGACUCCAGGGAUUCGAUGACUCGAGACCGACGAGGCGAUGUUGAACUGGAGCUGCCGCUGAUUGUUCGCGACUCCCCACGAACCGGUCGACCCCUGAGCUCGAGUGCUCUGCUCGUCGUCCACGUGGUUGACGUCAAUGACGCCCCGCCGAGUAUCGUGGUGAGUCCGUUGACGUCGGUACGCGAUCAUCAACGUCUCGUCGGUACCGGCCUUUCGGUUCGACCGCCUCCGGUCUACGAUAGCGCGAUGCCGGGCCUGACGACGAGGCUGUUCGAGGGCGGGCCCAGACGGGAAUCGAGGAGUGUGUUCGGAGUGUGGGAGAACAGAGCUCCGGGACAGCCAGUCGCGAGUGUCUUCGUCACGGAUCCGGACACUGGACCCGGUGGUCUGGUAUCGUGCAGCCUUCAGCGGACGGACGCCUUCCGGCUGCAGGCAGAGUCGGCCAGACGAUUUGGAGGCAAGGAGACCGUCGACGAGGACAGCGCCGAGGAUCCCGAGGCCGUGCCGAUUGCGCCAGGCUCGCGCACCUACCAACUGGUAUCUACGCAACGUCUGGACCGGGAGGAACGGUCCGUCUUUCAGCUGGUCAUCACCUGUCGAGAUCAUGAUCCACGACAGCCUCUGAUGGCCAGUCAACGAGUCCACAUCGCCGUGCUCGACGAAAACGACAAUCAGCCCGUCUUCACUCGUCCCGUCUUCCAGCUCAGUCUGCCCGAGCACUCGGCUCCGGGCCGUCUGAUCGGUCGUGUCAACGCGACGGACGCGGAUUUCGGUCGAAACGGGCAAUUGCGCUACUGGGCGGCUCCUGAAGCUGAGUCCUGGGUAAGUGUGCAUCCGGUGACGGGUGAGGUGCAUGUCAACGCCAUCCUCGAUCGGGAAGUUGAGCCUGAGCGACGGUUUCUGGUCUACGCCGCUGAUCAGGCGGAGCCGUCGACAGCAGCAUUCACGGCCACGUCCAUGGUGGUGGUGCGGGUUCUCGACGAAAACGACCAUGUACCUCAGUUCACAAAUCUCUACUUCUUUUCCGUGCUCGAGAACAGUCCGUCUGGAACAUUGGUGGGCAGAGUUGAGGCAACGGACGAGGAUGAGGGCAAAAAUGGGCAGGUGAGACGGACCGUUGGCAUUCAGUUGGUACAAAUUUUAUGCAAUCAUAACCUAUUAAACAAAACAAUACCAGUUUGUAUACUUUUCAGCUAG